AAACAGCCUGAGUGUUCCUCACUUUGUCCUCAGGCCUGCGACACUCUUCUCUCCUACUUCUUUUUCUUUUUCUUCUUCUUCUUCUUCUUCUGCUUCUUCUUCUUGUUUAUUUCUUGUUUUUGUUUAACCUUUGGGACACCUCCCCCGUCCUCCCUCAUCCCGUCCGGGUGACUCAGCGUCAUGGAGAGUUUGGAGAAGCAGCUCAUUUGUCCCAUCUGUCUGGAGAUGUUCACCAAGCCGGUGGUCAUCCUGCCCUGCCAACACAACCUCUGCCGCAAGUGUGCCAACGAUGUCUUCCAGGCGUCCAAUCCCUACCUGUCAACGAGGAGCGGCUCCACAGUGACAUCCGGUGGUCGUUUCCGCUGCCCAUCCUGCCGACAUGAAGUGGUUCUGGAUCGACAUGGCGUGUACGGACUGCAGAGGAACCUGCUGGUGGAGAACAUCAUCGACAUGUACAAGCAGGGAAACAGCAGUAGACCUGUCCCGGAGGUGAGGCCACAGCAGCCAAUGUGUGAGCAUCACGAAGAAGAGAAGAUCAACAUCUACUGUGUCACCUGCAGCGUUCCCACUUGUUCGCUCUGUAAAGUGUUCGGAGCUCACAAAGACUGUGGGGUCGCACCACUGGACAGCGUCUUCCAGUCACAGAAGGCGGAGCUCACUGACUGUGUCUCCAUGUUAGUUGGGAACAAUGAGAGGAUCCAGGCCAUCAUCAGUCAGCUGGAGGAAACCUGCAGAGCCGUCAACGAGAAUGGACGCAGACAGAAGUCGAAGGUGUGCGAGAUGUUUGAUCACCUGUACGCUCUGCUGGAGGAGAGGAAAGGUGAGAUGAUUCUGAGGAUCAACGCUGAGCAGGAGGAGAAACUCGACUACAUCAGAGGUCUGAGGAAGAAGCACGGCGAACACCUGGAGAACACGGCCAAGCUGCUGGAGACCGCCAUCCAGACCCUGGACGAGUCUGAGAUGGCCGUGUUCCUGCAGACCACCAAACCUCUUCUUCAGAAGAUUGUGGAGGGCACCGACAUGUCACAUCUCGACAAAGUCCAACAUGGGUAUGAGAAAAUGGAACAUUUCACAGCUAACUUUGAUCAACAGAGGAGAGCUCUGAUGAGCGUCGACUUCAUCAAACUUGAUGAAGAUGACGAUGGCGAAGAUGAAGGAGUGGAGGUCAGAGGGACGACAGCAGAAAGUCAAACCGCGGAGCAGCACGCUGCAGGACCCUCAGCCAAUCAGCAGCCUCCUCUGUCUCUUGUUCAACUCUCAGCUCCACCCCCUCAGAGACCCAAUGAGGCUCCACCCACCACUACUACACAGACCAAAAGCCCCGUCCUCUCAUCAGCUAGUCAGGCCCCGCCCCCACUCCCCACUGCCAGCCCCACCCCUCAGGUUCGGUCUGACCAGCAGGGUGAGCCGGAGGACAAGGACGGACCCAAACACGUCUUCUCCUUCAGCUGGCUCAACCAGAAGUAGAACCGGUAGAACCGGUGACAGCAGUCUCUCAUAAUGUUCCACAUUCUUCCGUCAGACCGAUUUCCUCACAGGACGUUUUUUAAAAGUGACAAACAUCUGAAUUUUAGACAUUUUGCUGUUUAAACACACACGCAGGUUUUCUGGCCAAUUAAAAGUGUUUGAAUGAAAUGUUGAAUAAAUGAUUGUUUUAUUACGAAGCGGAUGGUCUGAUUUGUCCAACCGUCUGCUUUAGAGACAUGUUGAGUUGUUGUGACGGCAGCCUGCAGCUUGUCACACUUUCGAUCAGUCGAGUCGCCGUGACGAGUCGAGCUGAGGGCGUUUUCUGAAUCACGUUUAUACUCUGUGGCUGAAGGUGGUUUCACCUUUCAGCCCUCCAGUUGACCCCUUAAUGAAGAAAUAAAAUGAUAUGUCCUGACUCAGCUGAAACGCCGCAGGACGUGUAGACCACAUAACCUUUCCGGUAGGUUUCCAUCGUACGUAUUUUUAUUUUCACUGUAUUCAUUUACAUGAAUAAAAAUAAAACUUGACAAACAA